AUGACUUCUGCAACGUCACCUAUCAUUUUGAAAUGGGACCCCAAAAGUUUGGAAAUCAGGACUCUCACAGUGGAGAGGCUAUUGGAACCACUUGUUACCCAGGUAACAACGCUUGUUAACACAAGCAAUAAAGGACCAUCUGGCAAAAAGAAAGGGCGCUCUAAGAAGGCUCAUGUGUUGGCUGCAUCUGUAGAGCAGGCCACUCAAAACUUCUUGGAAAAAGGAGAUCAGAUUGCUAAAGAGAGCCAGGAUCUCAAGGAGGAAUUGGUUGCUGCUGUAGAGGAUGUACGCAAACAAGGAGAAACAAUGAGAAUUGCCUCUUCGGAGUUUGCUGACGACCCAUGCUCCUCAGUGAAACGGGGCACCAUGGUGCGGGCUGCUCGUGCCUUGCUUUCUGCCGUCACCCGCUUACUCAUCCUGGCUGAUAUGGCUGAUGUCAUGAGGCUUCUAUCACAUCUGAAAAUUGUAGAGGAAGCGCUAGAAGCAGUGAAAAAUGCAACAAAUGAGCAAGAUUUAGCAAAUCGCUUUAAAGAAUUUGGAAAAGAGAUGGUAAAACUGAACUAUGUAGCUGCUAGACGACAACAGGAACUGAAAGAUCCUCACUGCAGGGACGAAAUGGCUGCAGCUCGAGGUGCUCUGAAGAAGAAUGCCACGAUGUUGUAUACUGCAUCCCAAGCAUUUCUCCGUCACCCUGAUGUUGCAGCCACUAGAGCCAACAGAGACUACGUCUUCAAGCAAGUACAAGAAGCAAUUGCUGGUAUCUCCAAUGCUGCCCAGGCCACCUCACCCACUGAUGAGAACAAGGGGCACACUGGCAUAGGAGAGCUUGCUGCUGCACUAAAUGAAUUUGAUAACAAAAUUAUUUUAGACCCCAUGACUUUCAGUGAGGCCCGCUUCAGACCAUCUCUUGAAGAAAGGCUGGAGAGCAUCAUCAGCGGAGCAGCGCUGAUGGCAGACUCUUCGUGCACGCGAGACGACCGCCGGGAACGAAUCGUAGCCGAGUGCAAUGCCGUGCGGCAGGCCCUGCAGGAUCUGCUCAGCGAGUAUAUGAAUAACACUGGAAGGAAGGAGAAGGGGGACCCACUCAACAUUGCUAUUGACAAGAUGACUAAGAAAACACGAGACCUUCGAAGACAGCUACGGAAAGCAGUAAUGGAUCAUAUAUCGGAUUCAUUCCUGGAGACCAAUGUCCCAUUACUGGUUCUCAUUGAGGCAGCAAAAAGCGGUAAUGAGAAAGAAGUGAAGGAGUAUGCUCAGGUCUUCCGUGAACACGCCAACAAGUUAGUCGAGGUUGCAAAUCUGGCCUGUUCAAUUUCGAAUAAUGAAGAAGGUGUGAAGUUAGUCCGUAUGGCAGCGACACAGAUUGAUAGUCUGUGCCCACAGGUAAUAAAUGCUGCGCUCACAUUGGCUGCCAGACCCCAGAGCAAAGUAGCACAGGACAACAUGGACGUCUUUAAAGAUCAGUGGGAGAAACAAGUGCGAGUUCUCACUGAAGCUGUUGAUGACAUCACUUCGGUGGAUGAUUUCCUCUCCGUUUCAGAAAACCAUAUUCUGGAAGAUGUGAAUAAGUGUGUGAUUGCUCUCCAAGAGGGGGAUGUCGAUACACUGGACAGAACUGCGGGUGCCAUCCGAGGCCGUGCAGCCAGAGUUAUUCACAUCAUUAAUGCAGAGAUGGAAAACUAUGAAACAGGGGUUUAUACUGAGAAGGUACUGGAAGCUACCAAGCUGCUCUCUGAAACCGUUAUGCCACGUUUUGCUGAACAAGUUGAGGUUGCCAUUGAAGCUUUGAGUGCGAAUGUCCCACAGCCAUUUGAAGAGAAUGAGUUCAUAGAUGCCUCCCGCUUGGUGUAUGAUGGAGUUCGUGACAUCAGGAAAGCUGUUCUGAUGAUAAGGACCCCUGAAGAGCUAGAGGAUGAUUCAGACUUUGAGCAGGAAGAUUAUGACGUUCGCAGCCGAACAAGUGUUCAGACUGAAGAUGACCAGCUCAUUGCUGGCCAGAGUGCAAGGGCUAUCAUGGCUCAGCUUCCCCAGGAGGAAAAGGCUAAGAUUGCUGAGCAGGUAGAGAUAUUCCACCAAGAAAAAAGCAAACUGGAUGCGGAGGUGGCCAAGUGGGACGACAGUGGUAAUGACAUCAUUGUGUUGGCAAAGCAGAUGUGCAUGAUUAUGAUGGAAAUGACAGACUUUACUAGAGGGAAAGGCCCCCUGAAGAAUACAUCAGAUGUCAUUAAUGCGGCCAAGAAGAUUGCAGAGGCAGGAUCGAGGAUGGACAAAUUGGCACGGGCGGUAGCUGAUCAGUGCCCGGACUCAGCCUGCAAACAGGAUCUGCUAGCCUACCUGCAGCGCAUUGCCCUCUACUGCCACCAACUCAAUAUCUGCAGCAAAGUGAAGGCAGAAGUUCAGAACCUGGGAGGAGAACUUAUUGUAUCAGGGACUGGAGUUCAGAGCACUUUCACUACCUUUUAUGAGGUAGAAUGUGAUGUCAUAGAUGGGGGCAGGGCUAGUCAACUUUCUACCCACCCACCCACCUGUGCUGAGGGAGCUACGCUUGAGACCGGAAGCAGUGACUCCUCGACGCUGGACAGUGCCACUUCUCUCAUCCAGGCAGCUAAAAAUCUGAUGAACGCUGUGGUCCUUACAGUGAAAGCAUCGUAUGUGGCUUCUACUAAAUAUCAGAAGGUCUAUGGUACUGCUGCAGUGAACUCACCAGUUGUAUCUUGGAAGAUGAAGGCCCCUGAGAAGAAACCCCUAGUAAAGAGAGAAAAACCAGAAGAAUAUCAGACAAGAGUGAGAAGAGGGUCCCAGAAGAAACAUAUUUCCCCUGUACAGGCCUUAAGUGAAUUUAAAGCUAUGGAUUCAUUCUAA